CAGUCUGAAUCGAGGCGUUUGUGUUUGAGAAGAGAUACAAGAGCAUUGGAGAAGAUGAGUGACGUUAUGAAUGUGAAGAUGCAUUAUGGUGGAUAUGGUUCUGUGAAAGAAGGUUUCUUCGAUUACAGAGGAGGUUUAGUGAAGGAAGACAUGAUCUUGGACCCCGAUUAUGUCACGUGGUCCAUCUUCGACGAGUUUUGUGAAGCAAAUGGGAUGUCUGGGUUGGUUGAGAAAGUAUGGUAUAAGCUUCGACAUGAAGAAAUUGGGUUAGCUAAGAUUAUCUAUGAAGACAAAGACUCCCAGAUUAGGCAGAUGUGUAUGGAAGUAAUGACAGCAACACGAGAGGUUGACAUAUACAUUCAUCAAAUGGGUUGUGGUGAACAUGAAGAAUCUGAUGGUGAGGAACAAGUGGAGGCAGAAGCUGAAGCUAAAGGUGUUGAGGACAACGGUUGA